AAACGUAGUUGCUGUGCGCCGGAACCAAGAGCCUAAGUUGUAGGCUAACUCAUCAAUCCGAGCCGUGGCUGUUGUUUUGGAAGACUCUGGUUGGAAAACUCUGGUUGGGAGAGGUGGUUCUGAUACAGCUAGCGAGAAAGUCUACCCAAAACCAAUUUGCGCUUUUUUUUCCUGAAUUGGAGUUGGAGAAAUCUAACGUUCAGGCAAUAUAUCCGGCGUUAUGGACUCUGCAAAUCAAGAUAUUAACCUCAACUCUCCCAAAAAAGGCCUUGGGGCUGACCCCUUGGAUGCAGACGUGCCAAUGGAAGGGGCUGUGGGCGUGACUGGCCUGACUGAAGACGAGAAGGAGGAGCUGAACCUGGAACUCAGCAAGGUGGAGGAGGAGAUACUCACCUUGCGGCAGGUUCUGUCAGCGAAGGAGCACCACGCGGGCGAGCUGAAGAGGAGGCUGGGCCUUACCCCCCUGAGCGAGUUCCGACAGAACCUCAGCAAGAGCUGGCAGGAUGUCCAGACCUCCAACGUUUAUCUUUCAGCCUCAGCCACGUUGGAGGACAUAAGCCGCUCUGAAGCGUAUAAGAGGACUCAGGAGACCUUCUCCCAGGCGGGGCAGAUGACCUCAGCAGCCCUGUCCAGCAUGGGUACAGCCAUCAGCAGGAAGCUGGGGGACAUGAGAGCUCUGCCUUUGUCAAAUUCCUUUGGCAACUACUCCAUCCGACAGUCAAUAAGUAUGCCCACUAUGAGGAACUCCCCAUCGUUCAGGUCCUUCGAAGACAAGGUGGAUAACCUCAAGCAUAAGAUGGCUACCAGAGGUGAAGGGAAUGGAGUCACCUCUCCCAUUGGAUCAAGCUCCUCACAGGACCACGCCCCUUUCUGAAAAGCCAAGGCCCCACUGGACAGGACAGUCUACUAUGAGUGCCCAUGACCUACACCUCAAGUCCCUGGUCCACAACACUCUCUCCACCCCACCCUUACUGAAGUGCACAUUUCAUCUCAACCUAAGCUUGACUAAAGAAUGUCAGAACUUGUAAACUGUUAAAAAAAAAAAAAAAAAAAAAAAAAAAAAAAAGAUGUUAAAACCCCAUUUUGUAUGAUGAACUGUUUUACAUCGCUCUGCAAAGUCUUUUACACACAUUAUUCUCCAUUUAAUGUUGGCUGUAUAAAGAUAUAUUUAUGUACAUCUGCCAACAGGAGUUCAGGAGCGCCUAGGGUGCCCAUAGAAGAAGCCAAACUGGGGGGAAAAAAUGGGAGUUAAAAUUUCUAGAUUUUUGUAUGUAUAAUGCAAUCUAUUGUGCUGAACAAAUGUUCUAGUUGUAUUUAUAUUAUCAGCUAGUCCCUUGAUUUGAGUACACCCUGACGAUGACUCAUUCAGAUGACGUACUGCAUGUGCAGUUUUUGUUUGCUUUCCUGGGGGGUACUGGUUCAGCCUUCGUGCUGGCCAGCAGUAAAAAGAAAUGUGGAUAAUCUGCUCUGGUGUACAAAUGAUAGUAACUAACACGCGGGCUGUCAUUUUUGAUGGGAUGCUCGUCACUUGUAUGCGUCAUUUGGUGAUGGUGAGGAAUGGGAGAGGUUCUUGCAAUUUUGUAUACAUAUGCUUUUAGUUGCUUUCCCAGUGCCACACAAGCGAAGUGAUACAUCUGCUUACGUCAUAUAGAAAUGGGGAGCAUCGCUGAGCAACAGAUGGCACGCACAUGUUAAGAUGUUACAUUACACACAUUACCUGCCUGUAGUGCCAGGGGAUAAAUAUCAAACAUUAAAAUACCUUGUGAAACCUA